GUUCGUUUGUUUGUUAUAGAACUCAUAGCUAUAGAUAGCUCCUUGCACGGCGGCGAGAAGAUUAGGUAGCUAGCUAGCACCGGGUCGGCGGCGAUCUAGAGGAUGAGGAUUUCGAGGCCGUACUCGGGGGUGUCCAGAAGCGGGGCGACGGCGAGGACGGGGCCGCACGCGCUGCCGCUGGCGCGGAUCAAGAAGAUCAUGAAGCGGUCGGCGGGGGACGGCAGCGGGGGCUACGGCGCCGGGGCCAGGAUGAUCUCGGGCGAGGCGCCCGUGGUGUUCUCCAGGGCGUGCGAGCUGUUCGUCGCCGAGCUGACGCAGGCCGCCUGGGCCGCCACGCUCGAGGGCCGGCGCCGGACCGUGCACGCCGAGGACGUCGCCGCCGCCGUCAGGGACACCGACCUCUUCGACUUCCUCGUCGACGUCGUCAAGCCCAGGCCAGGUGACGACGGCGUCGGCGACGGAGUCGGCCUCGCGCCGGCCGCCGGUGUCCACGGCGGCGCGCUCGACUAGAAACUUGUCGGUGCAAUGCAUGCAUGCAUGCAUGCGCGCUCGUCGUGGCUUGUGGAAUCAAACUGUGCCGCGAUUAAUUGCACUAAUUCCGUUCAUGUUGAUUUUACCUGCUCUACUGCUGCCAAUACAAGCAGAAUGACGCAGCGGUGCAACUAGCACGAUUUGAUUAACUUGUACUGCCGCACACUACACUGGAACUGUAUUU